GCAGGUUUAGGAGCUUUGCCUGUGCUGGAGGCAGGAAACUGCUCUGACCAGUAUUGAAUAAGAGUUCUUUGGUUAAAGAAGCUCUGCGGUGAGUUAUUGUUCUCACGUAAACAGAUGUAGUUCAAAACAGCUUUUUCGCAAAAACUAUCAGUGACAGAAUAGCAGGAAUUUUUUACUAAAUAUGCCGUUCUUCCUCUAAGGAAGGGCUUGCGUGGCUCUGCCUAUGGGUGGAGACUGAGUUUCCCCUCAGGGGCAUUCUCUGGGGGCGGGUAAGACUGCACCCGGGAUUUCAGCUGCUGCUGGGAGGUUGCAUUUUUUCUGGAGCUCAGCGGAGAUGGAGCUCCAGCUGAUGGUUGCUUUGCUCCUGCUGCCGGCCUGCAGCGGACAGUCUGCCCAGCAUUGCCACGGCCAGCCCUGCCCUCAGUACCAGAUCCUGGAGGCCAACGGGGACUUUGAGGUACGACAGUACCCCCCCACCGACUGGAUCACCACUGAAGUAGAGGGCUCCGACUUACCUGCAUUCCUUGCAGCAAGGUCUAGGCUUAAGGAUUUCUGUGAGAAAUCUCAAAAAGCUGGUCAACCAUGCCCAGGCGCGUGGCCUGCCAUCAUCACUGUUUCUAAAGAGAGACAGGCUCAGAAAGUGACCUUGUCCUGGUAUCUUCCAACUGAAACAAAGCUUCAGACCUUUGAUACUUCGGUCACCCUGCAGCACAGAGAUGCAGCCAUCAUCUUUGUCAGCUCCUUUGGUGGUUUUCCAGGCCUCAGCGGUGCCCAAGAUCAUGUGGAAAUCCUUAAGAAGUCUGUGGCCAAGGUUGGGAGGAAAUUUAAGUCCCACACUUUUACUGGAGCAGGUUAUGACACAUUUUUAGCUUCCAGUCACUACAAUGAGGUCUGGGUGUAUGCUGCCUGACAACAGAUGACGUCAUCUGUUGAUAGCAUUGCGUGAUGCAUUGUUCAGGUUUAUUUUGUUCAUCCUAAUCUUUAUAAUACCUAUUAAAAGUUUAUUUGAAAACUCCCAUAAUUUAAGAAAUUCCUUAGAAUUAUUCAGAGCCAGAAACAAAAGCUCUUCUGUUCUGCUUUCACCUGAUUAAAUGUAUUUUAACAGCA